AUUUCGAGUAUCGUAUUUUUGUUCCUGUGUCAACGAAAAGGCUAAAGCGGAGAACAGAGAAAAGCUGGCAAGCUAGCAUUGCAAACAAACGAAAAGUCACUGUGACACUGGACGAUUACCGUAGUUUGCUCUGCACACAUCGGACCUGAUAUUUUCAUUUACAAAAUACCAAGUUUGUUUUAAAAUUAGUAUAUUGUGCCUCCUGCGACUGUCUGAGUUUGUUAGCCAAGUUGCUAACGGUGAAGCCUUUGAACAUUUCUACCAGCUAACUAAGCUAACCUGCUAGCUUGAUCGCCGACCCGAAAUAGUCCAGCUGGCUGAAACGUUUUGAAGACAUGAACUCCAAUGUGGAGAACUUGCCUCCUCAGGUUCUGCGUCUGGUAUAUAAAGAGGUUUCUGCGUUAGCAGCAGACCCCCCCGAGGGUAUUAAGAUAUACCCCAGUGAAGAGGACAUCACAGAAUUGCACACAGCCAUUGAAGGACCAGAGGGAACUCCAUUUGCUGGGGGUAUUUUUCGUAUGCGACUUGUCUUAGGGAAGGAUUUUCCUGCUGUACCACCCAAAGGUUACUUCCUCACUAAGAUUUUCCACCCCAAUGUGGGACACAAAGGAGAGAUCUGCGUCAACGUGCUGAAGAGAGACUGGAAGGCAGAGCUUGGCCUCAGACAUGUAUUACUUACCAUUAAGUGCCUCCUGAUCCACCCUAACCCUGAGUCUGCUCUGAAUGAGGAGGCUGGGCGCCUCCUACUGGAGGACUAUGCAGAAUAUGCGUCCCGCGCUCGCCUUCUCACGGAGAUCCACGCCAUGGGGGGCCCCGGGGGCACCUCGGGGGCCCCUCAGGACCCCCCCGAUGGACCACAGCCAAAGAAGCAUGCAGGCGACCCCACUAAGAGGGCAGCGGGAGCGGGGAUGGUGCCCGCCGCAGCCCUGGGUAACGGAGCCAACGCAAACAGCACAAGUAGCAAUAGUAAUGUAGUGGGCAAAAAGAAAACGGAUAAAAAGCGUGCUUUGAGGCGACUUUAAUGAUUUAGAUGCAUUCUGUGUGUAAAUAUAAAUAUUGAAGUGUGCAGAUUGUUUUUUUUUUUUGUUCCACUUCCCUGACUCUUUCUAUCCCCAUGAUUGUACUGUCCGUUUUGUACUCAUUUCAUAUUAUGUACCUGAUUUUUCCUCUAUACCAUAUGUUCCCUUCUGACCUAGUGGGGAUGUCAGAGGGUCAUGAAACCGUAUUGCCAUGAUUUUGUAACCUUUCAUAGCCUUUACAUACACACCACUAUUGAAAAUGUCUGGCAUCCAGCUGCAAAAAGGGUUUUUAUUGCCCAAAGUGUUUGCUGGCAUAUUAUAAAAACUCUCUCCCUCCUUCUCAACUUGGUUCCUUUUGCUGUGACGGUACUGUGUAUUGUCUAGUCAGCCUCCUGUUGGGAACCUGGGCUCGUUCAUAAUGUUUUGCUAUAUCCGAUUUCAAAUACCUCAAUCAAAACAAGAUAGUCAUGUUGUUUUAGAAGUGUGAGUGUAAGAUUAUGCAGUUGGUUUGGUCUAUUUGACUUUCCAAAGCAGGAUUCAUAGCCAAAAUUCAAAUUUUUUGAUCAAAGCAAGUACAAGCUUAAUUUACUGUUCAUUAUGUCCUGUCUUCAUGGAAUAAAAAGGCAGUUAUUUCAUCAUUUUAGAAAUGUAGCUGGCUUGUGUAUAGGUCUGUAUUAUAGACUUAUGUGAAAAUGUUCUUAGGUCAAGUGAAAAAGAAACCCCAUUCAGUUACUUUAAAGAGUUUGACAGGGACCUCAAGUAUUCUAAUUGUGGUCCGUCUCAUUUUCUCCCCCCUGUCUAUUUGACAAAUAUUUGUACUUUUUUGGUCCAGUAUUUUCAAUAGUGGUUUAGAGUAUGCUUAUAUUCAGCUGUCUAGGUGUGUGGAUGAGAAUGUAGAUGGAUUGCUAUAGGGGAAUAGGCUACAGUGCUGGAUUGUGUAUACAGUAUCUAGAAGAUUAGCUAUAUCAAUCCAUGCAAUUUAGUUUGGUGAUUGAAUCAUGAUACCCUCUUAGUUCUAUGGCUCUAGACAAAAGCUACCCUGUUCUCAUCAGAUGGAUACAGCAGCAUAUUUCUCAAUAGGCAAAACUCCACAGAUUUGAUAGAAUUGAUCUCCCCACAUACUGCUUUGCUUUGGCAUGGUUUCCUGGGCACCCUUUGUUCCUCAGCUCUGAAUGCAUGUUGGGGACUACAUUUCCCAGGGAAACAUUCUCAAGCACUGUCUUCAGCUAAGGUUGAAGCAAUAGGUGCCUGGGAAACCAAGUCAUCGUUCAGACGUGUGGAUGGGUAUUUUUGUGUCCAUUUAAGUUAUUUAAAUUAAUAAAAAUUGAGAUAUCGAA